GAAAAAAACUAAAAACUAUAGCUCAGCCAACAUCCACCUUCCCUCCCUAAUCUCCUCUCUCCUACGAGACUUUCUUUCCCUUUCAGAAACGAUGCCCUUCUGCGACGUCGGGAACGCCGAUGCAGUGAACAACAAUGGCAUAAAGAUUUUUUACAGAACCUACGGCAGCGGACCCAUUAAACUUCUCAUGAUCAUAGGAUUGGCUGGGACACACGACUCAUGGAACCCACAAAUUGAGGGGCUUGUUGGGACGACCAAGCCAAAUGAUGAUGAUCGGAGCUCCGGCGAUGGUGUGCACAAUGGGAAUGGUAUAGAAGUUUGUGCUUUUGAUAAUCGAGGGAUGGGUCUUAGCUCUAUACCUAAAAACAAAUCCGAAUACACAACAAGGAUCAUGGCUGCAGAUGCAGUAUCUGUAAUGGACCAUUUGGGUUGGAAGAAAGCUCAUGUCUUUGGCCAUUCAAUGGGUGGUAUGAUAGCUUGCAAACUGGCUGCCCUUUUUCCAGAUAGGGUUCUGUCUUUGGCUUUACUUAAUGUAACUGGUGGAGGCUAUGAAUGUUUCCCCAAGCUCGAUCGCCAAACGUUGUCCAUUGCAAUGCGUUUCUUGAGGGCCAAAACUCCAGAGCAAAGAGCAGCUGUUGAUCUAGACACUCACUACACACAGGAAUAUCUUGAAGAACACAUUGGACUUAAAACAAGAAGGGAUAUACUAUAUCGAGAAUAUGUUAAAGGGAUAUCAGCAACUGGGAUGCAGUCAAAUCAUGGGUUUGAUGGCCAGAUCAAUGCCUGCUGGACACACAAAAUCUCUCGAACAGAACUUGAAGUGAUCCGAGCUGAAGGUUUCUUAAUAUCCGUCAUUCAUGGCAGGUAUCAUUUGAUUCUUCUUAGGUAUGAUAGUUUCACACCUCAGUUUUCACUAUUUGUACACUUACAAACUAUCAAUUGCUUAUUUUCUAGGUGUGAUGUCAUUGCUCAAAUAUCUCAUGCAAGGAGACUUGCAGAGAAACUAUAUCCACUCGCACGGAUGGUAGAACUUCCUGGAGGUCAUCUUGUGAGUCACGAGAGGACCAAAGAGGUUAAUGAAGCCCUACUGGAUUUGAUUAAGGCAUCAGAAACCAAGACAAGCCCAUAUGACUGGACAAACUUAUUGCCGAAGAGGUCUAGCUGCUGGACAACAAGUUGGUCAUCAUCCAGCAGAUUAAAUUCAGAGGCAGAAAGCAGCAACCCGACUAUCAUUGUUGGGAUUGCUGAAAAGCUGAGACGUAUCAUAUUGUACAUAUUUGGCAUAUUUGUGGUGGCAUUCGAGUACAUAAAAAGAGUUUUAGGACGUCUAAAGCCAGUGAGGGUAGGACCAACCCUCACAUGAUGAUGGAGCUUUUUCGCAUCUGCUGGGACACUUUUUCAACCUACCCAGAUGACAGUUGGAAACUUGGAAGUAUGGCUCUUAUAACAUGUGAAUAUCAUUGGAUUACUUCAAAGUAACUUUCUAUGGAACAUAUUUAACCAGUUCAGAAGAAAACAGUUCACAAGUAUGGAGAUUGCAUAUGUACCUGCUGUAUAGAAUCUUGAACUAUGUGGGAGUUAGAAAGAUCUGAAUUGGAGGCUGGACCUGCACUGCAACAAUAAAGCAUCUCCUUGGUAUAUAAUGAUUACUGGCCACAGAGAAUAUUACCUUUUGGAAAUAAUAUUCCAAAUGGAACCAUUGGUAUGAGAUGCCAUUGGAAUAUUUUGAUUCCUUAUAUAACAUAGUUUCAGCAAUACAAGUAACUUAUUCUUCUUAUAAGUAAAGCUUGUUUAUGGAAAGGGAACCUUUCUGAAAUUCAUCAAAAUUUUGUUUAUUUUCCUACACACAUUCAUGUAAACCACUUUGGUUAUUAUCCUAUUACAAGUUCAUCAAUACACUA